AUGGCUGAUGCCGGUGGCUGGAGCACUAUUGAAUCAGAUGAGGGAGUCUUCACCUCACUGAUCGAGACGCUCGGCGUCCAAGAUGUCCAAUUUGAAGAGCUCAUCUCGCUGGAUGCAGAUACAAUCCGGUCCCUAGGCUCCGUCUACGGCGUCAUCUUCCUCUUCAAAUGGACUCGCGAAGCCGCUGGCGCGCGCACAACAACCCCGCUGGACGGGACCUACGACGCAAGCUCCACAGACAACAACGUCUUCUUCGCCGCGCAGACGAUCCAGAACGCCUGCGGCACGCAAGCCAUCCUCUCGGUAAUCCUCAACCACGACAACGGAACAACGUCGCUUCCCGCAAUCGCACUAGGAACCGAGCUGCAAUCCUUCAAGGACUUCACAACAGGGUUCCCCUCAGAACUGCGCGGCGAGGCGCUCUCGAACUCCGAAGCAAUCCGCACGGCGCAUAACAGUUUCGCACGCGCAAGCCCCUUCGCCGACGAGACAGCACGCCCCGCGGACGAUGAGCCCGGCGCAGACGUCUACCACUUCGUCGCCUAUACGCCUGUCAACGGGGUACUAUAUGAGCUCGAUGGUCUGCAGCCUCACCCUAUCAGUCACGGACCUUGCGACCCUGCUGCGUUCCCGGAUGUCGUGAUUGAUGUGCUGCGUCGUCGCAUUGCUCGCUAUCCGCCCGAGGAAACACAUUUCAAUCUUAUGGCUGUUGUGCGCGAUCCCCGCCCUCGCGCUCGGGAGAUCGGUGAUGCCGAGACGCUGGAACGCGAGGAGCGGAAGCGGGCGGCGUGGCAGUGGGAAAAUACGCUGCGCCGAUGGAACUUUGUUGGUUUUAUUGGAGAGAUGAUCAAGGGUGUGGUUGCGUCCAAGGAGAAGCAGGAUGCGUCCGGGGCUGCGUAUUCGCAGUGGGUGGAUGCUGCGAAGAAAGAGACGCGGAAGAAGUUGGAGAUGCGACGAUGA